UUGUUUUUGGACUCCUUCAGGAUCACACAGACUAUCCCUUCUCAUCCACAGUUCCUCUCUCUCUCUCUCUCUCUCUCUCUCUCUCUCACACACACACACACACCCACUCACACACAUACGAAGUUUUAUUUAUCUGCUGGAUCUUUUUUGUUCAUGUUUUGUGUGGUUAUAGUGAACUUUCUUGGUGUUAGGAAAGGCAAAUGAAGGGGGAAAGUGGGUUGAUGAUCUGGGUUCGGUUAUAGCUAGCUAGUUUCUUUGUCUCUCCUUUUCUUUCUCCUUGCAUCUUUUGAGCUAUCUAAAAAAGCUUGUCCCUUUGGUUGAAGCCAAACAAAGAAGAAACCAUCAAGCUAAGUAAGGGGCUAAGUAUCUGAUCCAAAGUCUAAAUAUUUGAGAAAAAUCAGUUUUAACCUCUUUUAUUUUUGGUCUCUUUCUCUUUGUAAGUUUUUCCCUUGUUUUUUGCUUCUUCUUUUUUGUUUUUUUUUUUUUGGAUCAACUUUCAAAACCCUUUCUUUCUUUAUUUGUUUGUUUGUUACAUAUAUGUAUGAGAACCAAAGAUCUAUGGUCCCAUGAUAUGCAAGCUUAUGAUUUCUAAAGCAGCUAGCUGGCUUAUCCAAGUAAGAGAAGAAAGAUGAUGAAAAGUUUGAUGUUUCAUCAGCAACAGCAACAAAUACUACAGGAGGAAAAUAUGUCUAAUUUGACUUCUGCUUCUGGUGAUCAAGCAAGUGUUUCUUCGGGCAACAGAAAUGAAACUGGCACCAACUACGGAGUUCAGCAAUACUUUGCUUCUCCAGCUCAAACCCAGCCUCCAGUCAAAAAGAAGAGAAACCUGCCAGGAAAUCCAGACCCAGAUGCAGAAGUGAUAGCUUUGUCACCCAAGACUUUGAUGGCGACAAAUAGAUUUCUGUGUGAGAUCUGCAACAAAGGGUUUCAGAGAGAUCAGAAUCUUCAGCUUCAUAGAAGAGGGCACAACCUGCCAUGGAAGCUGAAGCAAAGAACAAGCAAGGAGGUAAGGAAGAAGGUGUAUGUGUGCCCGGAACCAAAUUGUGUACACCAUGAUCCAUCAAGGGCUCUUGGGGACCUGACAGGAAUCAAGAAGCAUUUUUGCAGAAAACAUGGUGAGAAGAAGUGGAAAUGUGUCAAGUGCUCAAAGAGGUAUGCAGUUCAAUCAGAUUGGAAAGCUCACGCCAAGACCUGUGGCACUAGGGAGUACAGAUGUGACUGUGGAACUCUUUUCUCAAGGAGGGACAGUUUCAUUACUCACAGAGCUUUCUGUGAAGCUUUAGCGGAGGAGAGUGCAAGGGCUAUAACAGGAGCACCAGGCCACUUUCCUUCCACACAACCUGGUUCUUCAACUCCCCGUAUCAAUCUUCAAGUGCCCCAAUUCAGUGGUCAAGCCCUUCAUGCGUUUUCACUUAAAAAAGAGCAGCAAAGUAGUUUUCGUUCAAGGCCAGAUUUCCCAUCAUGGCUAGCAUGCCCACCAGGACUAGGGGUUUCUGGCCCACCACAUCAACAAACACCCAUUGAUCUUCUGUCUUCCUCAUCCUCACCAUCAAUCCUAUCAACAAGGCUAGGUCAAGAGUUCACGCCAACCCAUCAAGAUAUGAGUCCAAACCCUAACCCUAGUCUUGGCCCCACUCUACUACAGUACCCUUCAGGACCAUCCCCACACAUGUCAGCCACUGCAUUGCUGCAGAAAGCAGCUCAGAUGGGUGCAACCGUGAGCAGCAAAACUACUGGCUUGAUGAGACCCCACCACCACCAACAGCAACAAGAACAAGCUCACGUGUCUGCUAAUGCUGAUAACGUUUCAAAUACAAACACCGCUGUUUUUGGUCUGGAUUUGUCCUCACGUGAAGAACUGGCAAGUGGUGGCUUGUUUUUCAGUGGCUUGGCUCCUUUUGGGAAUAAAGCUGGACCUACAGUUCCCUCUGGUGCUAGCAAUACUGGUGCACCCCCCUCAGGUGCUCUUAUUGAAGACAUGAUGUGUUCUUUAUCUUCUGCUUCUGGGUUUGAAGGGACUUCCCUUGAAGACGCAUUAGUUAGUGGAGUUCUGAAUUCAAAGAAGGAUGUUAAUUUCAGCUACUCGCUCUCUAAAACAACAAGAAAUGGCAAUGGGGGUGGCAGUAGUGGUGGAAAUGAAGGCUUGACUAGAGAUUUCUUAGGCCUCAGACCCCUAUCUCACAGUGAUAUACUCAGCAUGGCAGGUCUUAGUAAUUGUGUUAAUACCUCACAUGAGCAACAGAUUCACAAACCAUGGCAAGGUUAACUCCUAUGUGGAAUUUCCUUUAGCUCUAUAGUUUCGAUGAUGUCCCCUCUCCCUCUCUCUUUUUGUCACAUUUUUUUCCUUUAAAAUUGUCCCAAAGGGAAGGACAUAUCUCCUGAAGUUACCACAGUUCAAUGUCUCAUAUUUUCAGGAUUUUUGCUCGUCUUUUCACUUAUUAAUAGCUUUUGCCAUUGAUUUUCUCCAAUGGACCUACAGUU